CCAUCAAAAUAUUUAAUAAAAAUGUCUGUUGAGGCAAAUAACACUUUUUAUUCUAAAUUAAAUAAUGAUAAAUCACCUAAAAUUUCUUCUUUUUCUUCUUCAUCUUCAUCUUCUUCUAAUUCAACUACAGAAAAUAGUGAAGAAGACGAAGAAAAUUAUAAUUUAAGUGAUAAUAAAGAAGAAACAACAACUUCUUUUAAUUUUUAUCCUGUAACUUCUUCAGACAACAAAGCAGGAAAGAAUGAUUCAAAACCUAAAGGUUUUGUAUAA